AUGUAUUAUCGGUCUGAGGAGUUGAACGACAAGCUUUUCAUCCACUACAAGGGCUGGAAAGAACUCAAGAAUCUCGAGGGCUGGACUGGCCUUCGAGCCUUGUACGCUGAGUGCAAUGCGUUCGACCGCAUCAGUGGGCUGUCACAAUGUCGAAACCUCCGCAGCCUGUUUUUGCAGGAGAAUUGUAUUCACAAGAUCGAAGGGCUUGAAGCUUGUCCUUUGCUCUGGAAUCUGAACUUGAGCAGCAAUUUCAUCGAACGCAUCGAGGGGCUCUCACAUCUGAGAUCCUUAAACACCCUCACGAUCCAGAAGAACAAAAUCGGCUUUGCAGGUGUGGAAGAUGUGGUGCACCUAGUGGACACUACCAUCUCCACUCUGGAUUUGCAAGACAACAAGAUCUGGGACCCAGACGUGCUGCCUGAGGUUUUCGCGCGCAUGGCGGACCUACGCGUCCUCUACCUCAAGGGCAAUCCUUGCGCCAAGAAGAUUCCUAACUAUCGCAAAGGGAUCACUGCCGUGUGCGAGAACUUGAAGUACCUGGAUGACCGACCAGUUUUUCCUGAGGACCGGCGAGCUGCCGAUGCGUUCAAUCGCGGAGGCCUCGAGGAGGAAAGGGCGGAGCGGCGCAGAAUCAAGGAGGAAGAAAAUGCCAAGCAUGAGCGCAACAUGAAGGCAUUCCAGGAGAUGAUUGAAGCUGUUCGUAGAGAGAAGCGGGAAAGAGAUGCCAUGAGGGCGGAGGACAAGUUCACUGACGGCACUGACCCAGUGGUGACGACUGAGCAGCGCAUGCAGCAGCAGGUUGACAAGUGGAGGGAGGACAACGCUGAAGAUCUCAAGGAUGAUGCACGUGAGCAUGCUGAACGCUGUUUGCAAAGCGAAAGGGAGACAAGGAGUGCCGACAGCGAUGCAGAAUCCAACGAAUGUGGAGGCGAACACCGGGAGCCCCAGACAGAGCCUGAGGCAUCGGGGAGCACGCGUGGCGAGGACCACAGAAAGCUGGUCUACGAGGAUAUCUGGGAGGCUCCAGAGCCCGGCGUCUCCAAAGGAGUGACACCCGCGAUGCCAGCCUUCCAGCCUCCACCCAGGCAUUCUGCGCCAACACCCGCGCAUGCCGAGAAGGUAGCAGCUUCCGCCUGCACAGAGCUUCAUGACUUGGAUUAG